AUGGCCAUAUCCGGCUUCUGCUGCUGCUGCUCCUCCUCUUCUUCCUUUGCCGAUGCUCUCAAGCUCACUGAUGAGUUCUUUGAUUCGAAGGAACCCCGGCUUUUUUUUUUUUUGCAUAUGGAGGAGUUAGAGAAGGGAGCGAUUGCGAAGCCUAAUGAGGGGCGGAUCCGUAUUUGCAUUCUCCCGCAACGAGAACUUUCUCAUGAACUAGCCAACCCUUAUCUCCAUUCGCAGAACUUUCUCUCACCACUGUCCAUUCGCAGGUGCUGCAAGGUGGACAUGAGAGGUCCCUCCAAGCCCAUCACCAGGUCCAUUGCUUCUCCCAAUCCUUUUGUUAAUCUUCUUCUAAUGUUGUUGUUGUUGUUGUUGAUCUUGCUCUUCUCUUUGAUUGAUUUGGAUUUCAUCGAUGAUAAGAGAAUUAGGGUGAAGAAACUGUUCUCCGUCCAGGACUUCUUUCGGUAUGCUAAGACCGAAGGUAUUUCAAUGAGAAUUGGUGGCCUUCGUCUUCGGUGUUUGAGGAUCCUCCAGUUGAGAGCGCAGAUAAAGAGAAACUUAUUGAUAUUUUUCAGGAUUACAUAUAUUAUGUGA